CGCGUAGUUUUGGAGCAAAUGCUGAAACCCCGCUGACUUCUUCACUUUACUCCAUCCUAUUUUUGACAAAACAAGGCCAUAUAACCCUAGUUCUCCGUUUCCCCUAAUUAGAGGCAAUGGCAUGGUGCGAGGGCGUUGAAGAAACUCGUCUUCUUGUUGCGUUAUCAGAUCCUUCUGCUACUGGAGAUGAUAUGGGACGCUUGCUGUCACUUCACCAUCCAAAAUCUGGAGACACUACAUGCUACCUACUGAUUAAUGGAGGCCUUCAAGAACUUAACUGGUUCAAACAAUCUUAUGGGUCUUGGUUCUUGGGAGAUUAUAUCUGUGAAGAUGGUGGUUUGUACCUUGCUACUCCAGUUGAUCCUGUUUUCAUUCUAUUGCCAAUGUUUGAUGAAGCUCGAAUGAAGAAUGGAGAUGAUCCAGGGAAAUUUAGGCAACUUGAUGAGAUCAUUUACGUUCACAACUAUCCUGGGUAUCAUCAUUUAUCAUCGAUUGCAGAGAAGUCUAUGGAAGUUGUUUGUGAUUGUAAAGAGAUUGGAUCCACAAAGUUUUUUAGACUAAAUGACUCAAAGGUUGUAGCUUGGAUGUACUAUAAGGUACAACAACUAAAGCAGACAUUACCCAAGCUGGAUAAGAACUAUGCUGCUCGAACUCAGAAGGAUAUCCUGGGUGAUGCAGUGAUGAUUUUGGGUGAAUACUUGAAAGAUGAGCCAUGGUUGAAGCUCCUAUGUAACAAUCUUGGUUUCAGGUUAAAUAUGGAUGAUGAUGAAGCAGCAGCAGAUAUUACUGAAACCCUCCUACCAACUACUCAUUCUUCAUUUAAUAGUAAUCCCAUACAGGAACAGACAGGAGGGAUUGAGAAGAGAGUCACCCGAAGUAAAAAGGCAAAGCCAAAAGAGAUGAAUUCACACAGCAUCAAAGAUAUGUUUAGCAGGGCUUCAAGAAGAUGAGGAAUUAGCCAUUUCUUCUUUAUAAAUUGGUAUGUUUUUAUCUUAUUUAUUCAGCUUCAUUCCUUCACAAGCUUUAACUCAUCUAUGUAAGAAAACAAAAUACUCCUAAACUCCCCUGUUCGUAUUAUACUGUAUUAAUCAUUAAUUUAUAGCAUUAUUAUUAAUAACUUUGUUAAAAUAUACAAAAAC